UGGGAUACGCAUAUCCUACUUGAAAGUUUCUUAUUCUUCGUACAAUGAGUUACAUAAAGUAUUGUCAAAUGUCAAUCAUGGUUUAUAGUUUAAGUUGCGUGGGCUCAUUUUCUCAUGUCCAAAAGUGUAAGAACUCUCAUGCAUUCACUUUCCCUUUUUAUUUUUUUAUUUUGAACUAUCAUCUUGCAUAUGAUGUCAUUCUCGUUGUACUUUAAGAAACACCACUAAUAUCGAUGUUAUAUUUAUUUUAAAUCAUUCAGAGCAUGGAUAAGUUGAUGGAUGAAUCAAUUUUAACUAUUGACAAAAAAGCACGUGUCGUUGGCGAAUCUUCUAGAAGGUCGAAAGAUUGGAAGCCAAAAUCUAAAGUACCUUCAUUUGAAAGAAAGUCAGAAAAUGUAAAUUAUCCAGGAAUUUCAAACAAAGGAGUACAUGGGAAAAGGAAUGAGAGAGAGAAGGUUCAGCAAGAACUCUUGACUUCUUUAUUUCAAGUUCGUGAGCAUUCUGAAGAGUCUUCUGAAAAAAUAACAAAGGAUGCUAAAAAGCUUUCACCAUACAGAAAAGUGGUAGAUGGACCUCCUGAUGAUUCCUUGGAAGAAUUCAAGAUUGACACAAACUACUCACGACAAGAAAACAUAGGCAAUCUUUGAAGCCUUCUUUGGCCAUAUAAAGAUUGCAUGACUCGGAACCCUUUCCAAGC